CAAGAAAAUAAAAGAAUUGCUGCUCGGCGGCGGCGGCGGAGCGAGUGAGUGGCGAGCGAGAAGUGCAUCGGAGGUGCAGGCGAAAGGCGAGUCAGAUUAGGAUUUGAGAAAUUGCAGAGAGGCGCGCGAUGAACGACGACACGGCGGCGGCGGCCGACGAGCCGCGGCCCAAACACGUCAACAUUAGGGUGACCCUGAUGGCGUCGGACGACGACGACGACCAACACGUCGACCGGCAACGAUUUGCAUCAGGAAGGAGGAAGAGCAGGUCAACCAGUGUCAACGACGCCUCCACCACAAGUCGGCAGAACGGAAAGCGCGUGUUCUUCCGGCCGAAUGGGACGCCGCACGUGCGGAGCCACUCGGUGCCGGCGUCGCUGCAGCAGCGCCAGCAACAGUCGCGGCGCCGCUGGUCGCCGCCGUCCGGCCGCAGGAUCAGCCAGCGCCUCCUCAGGACGCACCUGACGCCCAGGGCCACCGGCUUCAGCAGUUUCGACCGCGACCAAAAGCUCGUCUUCGCCUCGCUCGCCCUCGUCGACUUUGUCAGCUUUUGCUCCAUGUCCAUCAUGGCCCCAUUUUUCCCAAAAGAGGCGUCUGCCAAAGGUGUGAACGCCACAGUUUCAGGGCUUGUCUUCAGUUUCUACGCGUUUGUGAUGUUCAUUUCAUCGCCGAUCUUUGGCAAAAUACUUCCACUGGUCGGAGCGAAAUUCAUGUUCAUGUCGGGGAUGUUUGUGGCCGGCGGGUGCAGCAUAAUUUUUGGGCUGAUGGACCGGAUCCGCGACACGACCACCUUCAUCACGUACAGCUUCCUGCUGCGCGGGACAGAGGCGUUGGGCGCCGCGGCCUACUCGACGGCCAGCUACACUUUUGUCGCCGACGUCUUUCCCGAGCACAUCGGCCCAGUCAUGGGCAUCUUGGAGACGUUCGUCGGACUUGGCAUGAGUGUCGGGCCAGCGCUUGGCGGCGUUUUGUACUCGGUUGGCGGUUUUGGACUGCCAUUUUACACGCUGGGGGUUGUGAUGGUUUUGUUUGUCCCAAUAAACAUUUACCUUCUUCCUGCAGCCGAAGCAAAUAGUGUGCGGCCAAAAGCAGGCUCGAUUUUGGAGGUUUUGCGAGUGCCUUCGGUGAUUGUGAUAGGACUGGUUGUGAUCGUGUCGGCGGCCAACUGGGGGUUCCUUGACCCCACCCUUGAGCCCCACUUGAGACAGUACAAUCUGACGCCGCAGCAGGUGGGUCUGGUUUUCCUGCUCUCUUCGGGGGUCUACGCCGCGGCGAGCCCGCUCUGGGGACUUUUGGCCACCAGAAUCGGAUCGCACUGGCUCAUGAUGUGCUUCGGAUUAGUUCUUUGCACCAUCGGCCUGCUCACGGUCGGGCCUUCCCCUUUGCUGCCUUUUCUUCCGAGUUCUCUGUGGGUGACCCUGGUUUCGCUGGCCAUCCUGGGGGUGGCGGCGGCGCUGACGCUGCUGCCGACGUACCAGGCCGUGCUGGACGCGGCCGUGGCCGGCGGCUGCUCGGACGACCUGCCCACGUACAGCAUCGUGGCCGGCGUGUGGUCGGGCAUGUACUCGCUGGGGGAGGUCAUCGGCCCCUCGGUGGGGGGCCUCGUGCUUGAGUGGUACGGCUUCCCCACGUGCGCCACCCUGAUGGCCGGCGUGACCUUGGGCCUCGCCUUCCUCGUGCUCGCCUUCUUCUCCGUGCACGGACAGCCCGUCCGGCCGGACAAGAAGCAGGACGACGACGAGGACGAUGAAGGGGAGGAGGGGGAGGAGGAGAGUGACGAGCCAGAGGAGCCGCUGCUGGCCGAGCGACUGUCCCGCCACGUGGCGCCGGCGCACAACAACUAUGGCAGUCUCGAUACCAACGGCCGCAGUGUGUCCGGAAUGCUGAAGACGGUGUCGUUGACUGCGACAGGUGCCGUGGAGGUGUGAUGCCGACCCUCGAGUUCCAACGGUGCAUCGAACAAUCCGUUCAUCAGGCAGUUUUAUUUUGCCAGGAUUUUUGUUCUGUACGUUUUCGUUCACCUGAUCGAUUGCGUGAGGAACUGGACGCAUUACUGACAUCAUUUUCAGAGACUGGACUUGCUAAAGUGCGAAAAUAUUUACAAAGUGAUAAUCGAACGACUUAAGAAUGAUUUUUCUUGCUUGCAUCUUGAUUUUCGGAGCAACAAAAUUGUAUAAUACGAAAUAUACGCGAUCCUGAAAUUUUUCUUUUCUGAUCCCUCAAAAUUUGGUGUUUUUACGGAUUUUGUUUGACAAUGUCCUUAAAAAACUUGACUUGCUACAGUGGAUUAUAAAUUAUUCUGAUAAUCAGAGCUGAUUUAACAAUUUUGAAAAUAUUUUGAUUUUUUUACAACAAACAUCAGAGUCUUUUAAUGAAAAGGGCAUUUAAAAAAAAAUAAUGUUGAGCAAGUUGUGGAUAUUUACAAUCUUAAUUAAAACUACAUUGAAAGAUAAAGAUUUUCCGUGCAAAAUCAAAGUUCACUAGAUAAACGCCUAUUUGUUCACACCAAACAGUGGAGCAAAAAGGAAUUAUUUUCAUACUAAAUAAUUUAACUUUGGCAUCAGAUUUGUUUUAAUAUUUUAAUCCAUUGUUUCAAUGCCAAGUUUUUCUCAGGAUCCCAUUAAAGAAAAAUCACCAAAAUAUGUACCCCAUAUUAUAAAAACAUUAUUUUUUGCAAUGUAAAAUUGUACCUUGUGAUAUAUUUUUUAGUAUAUAUAUCAUUUUGAAUAAAGACCAAGUUAAAUGGGCUUAAUUUUCCACUUUACAUCAGUUGUGCAGAGCUUUUUUUAAAAGCGGAUGGCUUUGAAUGGUAUUAUAGGUGAGAGCAUUGAUAUGAUUGAGAACUCUCUUCAAUUUUCUGAUAAAUGUGCAAUUUUCACAAAUGAAAUUAUACCGCCUUUACAACAAGUUUUGAACUGUAUCUUGAGAUUAACGAUGAAAAAAGUAUGCACAAAAUUAGGGUAGAUCAGGGUAGGUGUUCAAAAUCUUUAUCCUAAAAAUAAAUAAAACUUUUUAGAAGAUGAAAA